CAUUUCCGCUUCCUGUCUUUGGCCCGGGCUCAGGCUGCGUGGAAGAUCCCGGACGAUGCCGACUGGAGACUUUGACUCGAAGCCCAGCUGGGCCGACCAGGUAGAAGAAGAAGGAGACGAUGACAAGUGUGUCACCAGUGAGCUCCUCAAGGGGAUUCCACUGGCCACAGGAGAGCCCAGCAAUGAGCCAGAGCUACUACCGGGUGCUCCUCUACCUGCCCCCAAGGAAGUCAUCAACGGGAAUAUUAAAACCAUCACUGAAUAUAAGGUAGAAGAAGACGGCAAGAGGUUCAAGAUUGUCCGUACCUUCAGGAUUGAAACUCGGAAGGCAUCUAAGGCUGUUGCAAGAAGAAAGAACUGGAAGAAAUUUGGCAACUCACAGUUUGAUCCCCCUGGCCCAAAUGUGGCCACCACUACAGUCAGUGAUGAUGUUUCUAUGACAUUUAUUACCAGCAAAGAGGACCUGAAUUGCCAAGAGGAAGAGGACCCAAUGAACAAGCUGAAAGGGCAGAAGAUUGUGUCAUGUCGAAUCUGCAAGGGUGACCACUGGACAACACGUUGUCCCUACAAAGAUACACUGGGACCUAUGCAGAAGGAACUGGCUGAACAGCUAGGGCUAUCCACUGGGGAAAAGGAGAAGAUGCCUGGAGGUUCGGAGGUGGCACUUGGGCUGGCAGAGUUGGAGCCUGUGCAGGCAGCCCAGAGCAAGACAGGGAAAUAUGUACCCCCAAGUCUUCGAGAUGGAGCCAGUCGCAGAGGGGAGUCUAUGCAACCCAACAGGAGAGCGGAUGACAAUGCCACCAUCCGGGUCACUAACCUGUCAGAAGACACUCGAGAAACUGACUUGCAGGAGCUGUUUCGACCAUUUGGUUCCAUCUCUAGAAUCUACCUGGCCAAGGACAAGACCACUGGCCAGUCCAAGGGCUUUGCCUUCAUUAGCUUCCACCGGCGGGAGGAUGCUGCUCGCGCCAUUGCUGGCGUGUCAGGAUUUGGCUAUGACCAUCUCAUUCUCAAUGUGGAAUGGGCCAAACCUUCCACCAACUAAGGUUGCUCCGUCCACUUACUACACAGUUGCCUGCAUUGGAAAAGGACCUGACUCUGAGGAAGGGGACUGGAAUGGAAGCCCCUUACUGGCUGAGGGCAAUAAACAUUCACCCCUGCC